AUGAAGUUCUUCAAGUUCGCGCUUCCCCUCGCCCUCGCCCUCUCGACCCAGGGAGGCGUCGAGGCCAACCCGCUGCCCAUCGGCGAGCGCUCGGUCGCCGCCGCGGCUGACCUGGCCGCAUCGACCCACGAGCUCGUCGCGCGCGCCCCGACCACCGACGCCGCCUUCACGGUGGCCACGUCGACCGUCAACUCGGCCAUCACCUGCCCUAACGGCAUCGCGGGCCGCACGGGCGGUGUCAUCCUCCUCGUCCACGGCACGGGCCAGACGGGACAGGAGACGUGGGCCAACGGACCCUACGUCUCGCUGCUGCCCAACUACUCGCCCGGCUACGACGUCUGCUACGUGACGCUGCCGUCGCGCUCGUGGCAGGACGCCCAGACGUCGUCCGAGUACGUGGCGCGCGCCGUCCAGAUCCUCGCGCCCAAGUCCAAGACGGGCACCGUGUCCAUCAUCGGCCACUCGCAGGGCAACAUCAACAUCCAGUGGGCCCUCUCCUUCUGGCCCUCGAUCAGGCCCAAGGUGCACCAGUUUGUCUCGCUCGCCGGCGACUUCAAGGGCACGCUGCUCGCCUACCUGGGAUGCGCCGCCAACGACCUCCUCGCCCCGGGCACCGGCUGCCAGCCCUCGGUGCUGCAGCAGGCCUCCAACUCGAGGUACCUCCGCGUCCUCAAGAACGCCGCCGGCAGCGCCCUGGUCAAGACCCUCUCGCUCUCGACGGCCUACGACGAGGUCGUCGUGCCCCAGUCGGGCACCUCGGGCACCUCGUACCUCCCCGGCGCCACCAACGUCCAGCUGCAGCAGAGCAACAUCUGCGGCGCCCUCCACCCCGCCGGACACAUCAGCAUGACCAUCGACCCCGCCGCCUUUGAGCUCGCCUACGAGACCAUCCGCACCGGCACCACGCCCAUGGGCUCCACCUUUGACAAGUGGUCGUGCUUCAACUUCUUCUUUGGCACCGGCUACAACAACAACACCUUCGCCAAGACGGCCGACGCCCUCCAGGCCGCCUUCCAGUUCGCCCUCGGCACCGCCUCGUACCCGACCACCAAGACCGAGCCCGCCAUCCGCUCCUACGCCCAGGCCUACCUCUAG